AUGAUUCAUUCAAUAAAUUCUAUCUUUCUACUAGUAAUAUCAACGAUAUUUUUGGUUGCAUCAAAACCGAAUAUAUCGUGGAAUUCAUCUAAUAAUCACGAAAGAGUACCUUCAUUUCCAUCAGAACCACCAUUUGAAUUGAAAAGUAUUCUUCCACCUGUAACUUUCGCUCAACUUACCUUAAUUCAUCAGAAUGAAUCAUUAACAGUACAGCAAAAGAUAAUGAAAAUUGAUGAAAUUAUUAAUGCUCUACCGGAAAAUAUCUUGCAACAGCUUCCUUUGCCACCGGUUUUCCGUUUACUUCCUCAGGAAAUCCAGGAAAUGAUUAAGAUUAUACGAACAGCAAAAAAUCUUACAAUGCAAGAAAAAUGGCUUCAAAUGACAAUUAUCAUUGAAUCACUUCCACAAGAACAAAGAAUAAUGCUACAACAAACAAUGCCACAUUUUCCAUUGGCACUUUCAUCGGAAUCCAAAGAUAUACUUCCAAAUGAAGUAUGGAAUAAUCUUGUUGCAAUUUAUCAGGAUAUUAAUCUUGAUAAAGCAGAAAAAUUGAAAAAAAUUGAUGGAAUAAUUAAUGCUUUACCUGAUACAAUUCGUCAAAGACUACCAUUAUUAUCACCAUUUCAAAAACUACCAUUUAAUAUACAACAACAAUUACGAGCAGUUCAUAUGCAGCAUCAAUUAUCGGUGGAACAACGACUUCAGAAAAUAAAAGCAAUAAUGGAAUCUUUGCCAUUGGACAUGAAGAAAUUGAUAUUACCGCAAUAG